UAUGAAUAUGGGUAAUCGCAAAGCUUAGACCACCCAAAAAUGACCUAAGACGACUUCACUUACCUAUUAUCCGACUUAUACCUCUAAAUAAAAUACCUCUAAAUAAACGUUAGAAAUAAAACGUUGGAGAUGUUUUGUAGCAACUUGCUAAACCAUUCAUAUUCAUUCAUUUCUUUCAAAACUUAGCCAACAGAAUACCAGGGUAGCUCGCAAUCUGCUUCCGUGUGCAUCCUAGAGCUCUUAUAGGUGGUAUAUUAUAAUAUAUGACGAGACUCUACACGUUACACCACCAUAAACCACCUCAUAUCCGGCCAUCUAAUAAUAGUCUGUGCCGCGCCUAAUGUAUAACCGGUACACGCGCCCUUUGCUCUACUACGCGAGGACUGCCGCUAAGGCACCACAAGUUACGAGCAAACCCGUCGGGGCGACACGCCGAGGCGCACAGGCGGUUGCAACCUUUCGCCGGUGCUCACUCGUGUAUCAGGAUCAGGGUCAGGGUCAGGGUCAAAGCCGCCGAACUUUCACGGCUUCAGCAGCAGUCAUGGCAAGCGCUGCGGAUUCCCAAGCUGCUCCCCAGUUCUCUGCUGGUGUUGACGAGCCGGCUCUAACGCGGACGCUAGAGACUUUGCUGGCAUCAGCAGGGCAUGGCGGUCGGUGGGUACUGAUAGCUAGCGGCGAGGGUCUGGAGAGGAGCUUCAAGUUCAAGACGUUUGCGAAGACGUGGGAUUUUAUGACUGCAGUAUCACUGCAGUGCAAGCUGAAAAACCAUCAUCCGGAAUGGUCUAACGUCUAUAAUACGACGUAUAUCCGGUGGACAACGCAUAAUCCAAAGGGCCUCUCCGCCAAGGACGUCGAACUGGCUGCGAUUUGCGACGGCCUCGCCAGCGACUUUGGUGAGAUUAUCGAGGAGACCGAUAGCUGCGAGCUAAAGCAGGUGGCUGACCGUGCGGUCACCAACGCGGGCGAUUGCUGUACUCCUAAAAAAUAAAGAACGAAACAGACCGAGAUAUCAGUCCGUAACGGAAAAUAAACAUCCUGGGGACCUUUUAAUCCGUAUGACGAUGACUAACUUCGAGGUAACCGAUCCGGAUCAAUAAGUUAGAUAUAAUAUUAAAUACAGCCAAAUCGCUUACUAUAAGAAUCAUAUGCGACGCAAGGAAUUUUACAAAUGGACACGAGCACAAUUUCACCGCUAUCGACCGAAGGCUAGAAUGUCUUGUUAAGUCUGUUUGAAAAGUUCCAAUGAAGGACUCUUAGGCUAUU